CUACAACAUGACGUCGCGUAUAUAUGACGCCAUCUCCUGGUUAACCGAUGACGAUUUCGAUCUCAUCAUGUUGUACUUCGACAACCCCGACGAAUGGCUGCACAAGUAUGGUAUUGGAAGUCAAGAGGCCAUCGAUAAGCUAUACGAAGUCGACGAUGCCAUUGGGUAUCUCUUCCGUGUUCUUGAGGAACGAGGGUUGGACGAGACCGUCAAUGUCAUCAUCCUAAGCGACCACGGGCACAUAAAUAGCGAGACAUCGAAACACGUCAACCUGUACGACUAUAUCGCUAGCUCUGACGUUGAUUUCAUCAUCGCUGAUUACGGUCCAAAUUUUCAAAUGGUUGCCGUUGAAGGAAAACUGGACGAGGUGUACGAAGCGCUGAAGUCUGCCCACCCUGCCCUCCACGUGUACAAGAAGGAGGAGAUUCCAGAACGCCUUCAUUACGGCAAUCACGAGAGGGUCCUCCCUAUCUUUGGGUUCGUCGAUCCAGGAUGGCACUUGCACACGACGAUUGGCGCCAAUGAUUCAUUCACUUUAUCUGACCAUGGCUACGACACACAGUGGAUGGUAAUGAAGUCGUCUUUCUACGCACAGGGUCCUUACUUCAGACGUAACUACGCUGCUGUUCCACUAGAAUCGGUGGACGUUUACCAGCUGAUGUGUGAGAUCUUAUCCUUGGACCCAGCUCCAAACAAUGGAUCCCGGGACCGUUACGUCGACAUGCUUGCGUCAAGUGAGCCCGCCUCGCCUACCACAUCACCGUGUGAUAAUGCUUCAGCGAAACCUCUUCUGUCCGAAAGUGUCAUCUUUGGCUUUGUACUGCUCCUGGGUUUGAUGGCUUUGAAGAUGGACUGAUUCUGGAUGAAAUACUUAAAAUUGUUGACGGAGAUUUAAAGGCAUCGUUUAACAAUGUUAAAUCUGAGAUGCAUGGCCCUACG